AUGAAGUCUGAUGAAAACGAAAAACCCAAAGUUUCAUCAGCCGAGCAAAUCAAGAGUACUUCAACUCCUUCCUUACAUGCUGAAACUCUCACUCAAAAGAAGCACGAAAGCGAAAGAGCGAAACCUGUAGUAGUAGACCAGGUCAAAACCUUGACUCCCUCAAGUAGACUUUUACCAGACAGUAGACAUAGAGAUGAGAACGCAAAGAUAUAUUAUAGUAAAACGAGUUCUCAUACGCCCGGUAGACGCUUACCAGUUCAAAAGCUUGGAGGUGGAACGAAUCCUUUUGACUCCCAACAUAGUAGCGAUGGGCAUAGCUCUGGUGACCCUCUAACAAAACCUCUACUGGGGAUACUAAACUCAAAAGUCAACGGAGAAACCGAUCAUGAUACCAUUUGUACUCUGUCUACACCAUUUUACCAUUAUACUAUCAGUAUUCAUUCCCUUGUCAAUUUCUAUGAAUUCAUCAUCUUGAUGAGACAUCUUUGUGUAUUGCGAAAUGUUGGGGCUGGAAUUGUAUACGUAACCUGA